AUGGCUACUGGAAACUGCCAUCCUACUGGGCCUCCGCCCGGUAACACUGCGAUCUCCGGGCUCUCAGACACCAACAAACGAGUAAACGACCUGGCUGCGUUCGCCGCCACCCUAUCUAAACAACAGGAUCAUUGGAGGCUCAUGGUCGAAAAGGAGCGCGACUACACUCUGCUUGGCCUCCACUUCUAUCGUGUCAUCGAGCGGCACAACUCUCUGAUGCGACAGACUAUCCUGGCCGUAGAGGAAGCAAAAAGGGGUAUCCUUAACCCCACAUUAGUAUCUGCCGACCAAGUUAGACAAGCUGUGCGGCAUAUUGAAGAGAAGCGACCACACCUCAAUCCCCCUCAGCCUUUGGACCACAUAGACCUACAAGUACUCUCAAAAAUCGCUAGGGUCUCCGCCGCCCGCGUAGGAACCUACUUUGCCACCAUUAUAGAAAUCCCGCUUCUGGAAAAACAAUUGUGGAAAAGCUACCACCUUCGGCCCUACAGAAUACCACAGCCCUGGGGAACUGGAACAUCAGUUCUCACUAUCCUUCCAGAAAAGGAGUUCCUAAUCAUGUCCGCGGACAGAACCAGGUACUUCCUAGCAUCACGAGCGGAGCUAACCGACUGCCUACCAGCAGGAAGAAGCCUAGCCUGUGUUCCUGCCACGGCGCUGAGUUCUACCGAAAACAAGCCCGUCUGUGAAACCCAAGUUCUGAGAGACCCUUCCAACCAAACCCUCAGAGCGUGUAAUCUUCGCCUGACACAGUCACGAGUCACCGAGUGGAUCGCAUUGACUCAUCGAAACUCAUGGCUCUUCUCCCUAUUCCAACCUGAAAUAUUUAACAUCAUCUGCGAGGGCCAACAAGUGACGACUCUACAUCUGGAUAGGGCCGGAAUCCUAGACCUAUCGCCCGGCUGA